AUGCCUAAGCAUAUCACAAGCGAUCAGUACAUUGGAAACCCUCACAACCUUUCAGCCAAAGGGAUCAUACAUCCUGAUAUUGAGCGACAUGACCAUUCUGGAGAUACAGAUCGUUAUCUGCUCCCCACGCUCUUUGCGGGAGAGCAAGGAAUUGUCAUUACUGCUAAAUAUCCUGGGCCAGGAGUAUUUCACAUAACUGAAGGUGAAUGGCAUGUUGAGGACAUGGCUCAGCCGGGACACACUACCCUGUUGAAACCUGGCUCCGUGUUUCAUGUGGAGGAGGGCUCAAUUAUUCGAUGGAAUACCAAAUCACCUACUGGCGCAAAAGGUUAUUUGACUUAUUAA